AUGAUCCGUGUCGUGAAGCUUUCAGGGGACGAGUUGGCUAAGGCAGCUGUUGAAGAUGUGGGGAGUGUGCGAGACUUGAAGCUCUACCUGCAAGAUGCUUUGCAAAUUCCAGAGGCCAUCCAACAGCUCAUGCAUGACGGCUGUAUUUUGGACGAUGAUGCUGCGCUAGAUGCUCCCAGCACUCUGCAGCUGAUUUUGUCGCGCCAGUCGCAGACAGCAGUUGACGAAGCUCUAGUAACUUGGUGCUGCAGGGUUGACCUUGUGCGCAUGCUUUUAGUACAUGGUGCGGACAAGGAUUCGGCGAUCGGCUUUUCUCCACACCAAACAGUCCUCAUGAUUGCGUGCGCGGCAGGCAGUGUAGAGACCGUGCAAGUGUUGCUGGAAGCUGGAGCCAACAAGGAUUUGCAGGACUCCGGCGGCUACACAGCUCUCAUUCGUACUUGCAACAAAGGCCAUGUAGAGAUCGCGCGCAUGCUUUUGGAAGCUGGUGCCAACAAGGAUUUGCAGAGCGACUGCGGCGGCACAGCGCUCAGCUGUGCUUGCAACAAAGGCCAUGUAGAGAUCGAACGCAUGCUUUUGGAAGCUGGAGCCGACAAGCAGUUGCCGAACUGUGGCACAGCUCUCACUCGUGCGCGCGACCACGGCCGUGCAGAGAUCGGAUGA